AUGGACAGCUGCCUUACAAGAUUAGUGCCUGAUGUUUGGGAUCCUUCCCAAGAUGCCGACGUCAUCUUCGAUGCCCUGUUCUCACAGUCUGUCAUCCGUGGCGGAGACAUCCUUUUUGAGAGUCCACCAGAUGCUUCUUCGCAACUUGUUCCAUCCGUGAGGACGUACCAAGAUGAUGGGGCAAUUCUUGACGCUUAUUACAUUUUCAUACAUCCUUACUUUCCCAUUCUACCUCCACCCACGGCGGUCCCUCGAGACCAGGCCAUUCCACGGUAUCAGAACAACAUGGAUGGCUCAGGAGGCGAGUCAGAGCCGUCGACAUCCAUCAGUCUAGCCAUCUCAGCAAUGCUGGCAUUGAUACCGUGUACCGAAGACCCCCACCCCACAUCUAAGGAAUCGGUGUUGUUCAGGAGGGACUAUGCACAAUAUCUUGCCCAGUGCGCCCUGGAGUGCAUUGAGAUCGAAUCAGAGAUACCCGAGUCGUCGGUGGAUCCGGCCAAGGCUCUUCUCCAAACACCACGCUGUGAUUCUAGGGAGCCUUUCCACCCAGAGUACAUUUGCGUCUCCCAAGCUGCGAUUGUUGGGAAUAUCGAACCAUCUAUACUCGCCGUUUUUAUCCCUACCUUUGCGACCGAAUAUCCAGCUUUGAAGUCUGAUGCCGAGGCGUUCAGUUUCCUCAUUCAAGCGCAGCAGGCGAUGCUUGCAACCACUCAAUUCUCGACGGAGCUGAGUAAGGCAGUAAAGUUCAACGGCGACAUGGACAGAAUACACGAACGUAUGAGGGAGCUUGACUCGCAUCUAGAGUCUUUAAUCAAGGUGGCCGACUCUUGGGUCCUACAGCCUACAAUGACGGCUACUGUUGAUCCCACCGAAGCCGUCGUCUCAAGAUCCCUAAGGUGCAUGACUAGAAUCAAGCUGAACAGCGCCAGGAUAAAGCUUCAUCGAUACUCAGCAUUUGAGAGCAAGCUUGUUGGUGAGGCGGAGGACUCGUUUUCAGCUUCAGAAUCCUCAUCAGCAACGGCUGCAGAUUCACCGAGCCCUGGGGACACAUCCUCGCUGACAUCUUUGACUUCGUUGACUAAGGUGUCGUCAUGUUCAUCAGAGAACGGUCCAUCAGGGAGCGACUGUUUCAGCAGUCAUCAGUCUGCCAAGAUAUGUUUGAGAGCCGCUUUGAACAUGGCGCAAGCAUUUGACGACUUGCCCUAUCCGAACCCGCCCAGUCAGCAAGUUUCAUCCAUCGCCUGGCCGCGGAUGAUGCCGUCUCUCGCGUGCUGUGCAUUGCAGUGUGCCUUUGUACUUACGACGAUAGGAAAUCUGACGCGGUCCAGAUAUUCCGGAGAUGCGAAGACGGCCUCGAUAGCAGGUCGGUUACUCGGGCGUCUACAAGUGAGUCUGAUAUUGAUAUCAACGGCGUUGGAAAACUACGCUACGGCGUUUGAGGCUAUUGGGGGCAUGAACGGUAAGUGA